AGAUUUUUUUAUUUUAUAUCUAUUUUAAAUAAAAUGUGAACUACGAAAUAAUUGGCUAUAUUAAACAUUGAAUUUCUUAUCUAUUUAUUCACAAUAAAUUAAUGGAUGAAGAGCAUAUAUCAGAUGAUAAUCAUAUGGUAGUAUCUGAUAGAGUUCAAAGUAUGGCAAGAGGUAUAUAUCAGGAAUUUGAAAGGAUGAUAAGAAAAUAUGAUGAAGAGGUAGUCAAAAGUUUAAUGCCAUUAGUAGUUUCAUUACUAGAAAAUCUUGAAACUACACAUUUACAGGCUGAGGAAACAAAAAUAGAAUUAGAAAUUUUAAAGGAAGAUAAUGAUCAACUAAUGACACAAUAUGAAAGGGAAAAACAAUCUAAGAGAUCGAUUGAGCAAAAAUAUUUUGAAUUGGAUGAUGUAUUAGAAGGUGAAAAGAAAAAUCUACAAGACAGGAUUAAAAGUUUGGAGUCAUUGGUGCAUAUCAUGGAGUUAAAAUCCAAAAAUUCUAUGGAUCAUGCCAAUCGACUAGAAGAAAAAGAGAGUGAAUGGAAAAAGGAUUACAAUAAACUGCACGAAAGAUAUUCGGAACUCUUCAAAACUCAUUUGGAUUAUAAAGAAAGGACAAAGAUUAUGGCAAAAUUAAACGCCAACAAUCAAAACGCCUAUCACAAUACCGCCCCCUUCUCGUCGAGCAAUAAUAUAUCCGAAUUUAACCGCGCAGCUUUUGAGUCUAGCGAUUAUGAUAGGGCUCAAGAAUUCUCAUUGGACAACGACGAAUUAUCGAAUCGUAUAUGGAAAGACCGAAUUUCGGAAUCCGAGCCAUAUAUCGAAGAUAACAUUCAAGAUUCAACCAAUGCCCUUAUUAAAGAUUCUGGUUAUUCCGCAGCUGAUAAUUUAUCACUCUACGAUGCCCAAUACGACGAAAAUUCAUCUGCUAGCGAUCAUAUAUUCGCGAUGGGCAAAGAGGUCGAAAAUUUGAUAGAAGAAAACAACGAACUUUUGGCUACCAAAAACGCCUUGAACAUUGUAAAGGAUGAUCUCAUCAUAAAAUUAGACGAAUUAACGAGUGAACAAGAGAUACUGAGAGAGGAAAUCGAAUCCUUGCAGAGGAUAAAAGAUAAUUUUAUGAGAAGAAUAGAUGAAUUAGAAAACGAACUCAAGAUCAUGAAAUCGUCUGCUCAAGCUAUUUCUAAACCCGAAAACGUAGAUGACUCGGAUGAGGCUCGCUCUCAAAAUAAGCGUUUCACUCGGUUGGAGAUGGCUCGGGUUAUACUGGAACGGAACGAGUACAAGGAAAAAUGGUUGGAAUUGCGGGAUGCUGUGCGGUGGACCGAAACCAUCAAAGCCGCUCGUUCCGAAAAAUUUGCUAAUCGCUCUGCUCCUACCAAUAAAACGAGAGGACGAAGCGGGAGCGCCAAACGAAUGAACGAGGCCAGCGAAAAGUCAGGAGGCAGAGUUGGAACUAUAUGGGGCUUCUUUAGUCAACUUUUCGGGGCCCCCCAACAAGAAAACUUUAUUGAUUCUAACAUGAUAAACGCCGAAAAUAAAAUGGCUACCAUCAAAUACAACGCGUGCAAUGAAAGAGUCUCCCCCGGUGUUAAAUCCAUAUUACCUGACCGAGAUUUACUAAGCGAGAAAUUGAGAGCCGAACGCCACAAAAGAGAUAAACUAAAUACAUUUUCGCGCGUUCAAGUUUCGCUCUCGGAUAACGAGUCCGAUGGCCUUAACCAUUUUUACCCAUCUCAGGAAGAUAAAAACAACAAAAAGGGCAAUGACGAAAAUAGACGAUUCCAGGCUUACGGUUGGAGCCUUCCCGUUUCGCAAUCGCGUUUCAUAUUUCCCAACAGAAUAGACCCUACCAAACAUUCAUCGAAUGUAAUGCAAACAAAAAAAUUAACGUCAAUAUCCAUACCAGUGCCUAUAUAUUGCCGACCCUUAUCAUCCGAAAGAAGUCAGUUAAAUGGAUGCAAGAUAUCGUGUGCCUCGGGUGUCAAUUUGUCCGGUGGAAGGACUAAAGAUGGAGGAAAAAUAUGCGGUGCUAGUGUGUUUUAUAAUAUUUACAACCCUUUAAACGAAACUCAAUCCGCCGAUAAGUUAACCAAUCCUCAAAACACCGCGGAAAAUAACGAUUACCUCACGGAACUAGAAAAGGAACUGCAAGCGAAUAUGGCGGCUUCCAGAGACCUAUCAGCCUCUAUUUCUGCUUCUACUUCCUCGAAUUACUCGUCACUCAUUUGGAUAUGCACCACGUAUUAUUCCCCCGAUCAAAUGGAUACCACUUUGGACAUCACCACGCCAGACACCUUGGAACAACGAGUACGGCAUUUACCAACAACGAAUGGGACAAAUUUCGCUGGCGAUACGAACGUUAAUGAAUCUUCGCCCCAAUUCUCAGAUAACGCCAAUCGAUUUGCCAAUCAAACUCAACCCAUGAUUUUUGUUCUCGACGCCACCGACCCUUCUAACGUAUUGGAUUAUUUUUGUCUAAAUCUGCAAAACUUUUCGCGUAAAACAGAGACUAGUAAUAAUAAUAAUAAUAAAUGCGAUCAUGAUUGCCAAAGUAUAUUGUGCAUCGCUUCUGUACCCGGAGUAUCCGAAAACGAAUAUUUAGACCUUAAAAAUAACGACAAAGAUUAUUUCGGCGAGACGAAACUGAGUGAAGACGCGAAAAGCGAUCGUAAUGUGAGUGGAGGGAAUCUAUCUAUGGUUGUUAUAAACCAAAAUACCAACGUUAACAUUUCGAACGACCCUCAAAACCAAGAUAAACAUUUUUAUCGGCAGCGUGAAAAUAACGAUGAUGACGAAAUAAUUUCUUCACCUUUAGAAGAAGCCGAUAAAAUGAAUACAUUACUCCCUACUAUGUGGAUAGGAUUUCAGAAUGGAUUAAUUUCCAUUCAUUCCUCUAUAUCGGAAUGGAACAAGCCUUUAAAAAUCAUACCACUGCAGAAUUCUGUGUUCUCCAUUUUGCAUUUUUGCGGAAAAGUUUACGCGGGUCUGGCUAAUGCCACUAUCGCCGUGUUCGAAAGAAAUUUAGAGGGACACUGGGACACCUCAAGAUAUAUGGAAUUAAAUCUGGAUCCUCAGUUUACGGGAUCUAUCAAGUGCAUUAUCUCCGUUUGUGACAGGUACAUAUGGGCCUGUCGACUCAACACUAUUCACGUCAUUGAUCCUUCAACCUUAAAAAUUUUGCGUGAAUUCUCUUGCGACGUUCGCGACGAAAAUCACGCUAGUUCAAUGGUAUGGUGUGGUGGCGUAGGCGUUUGGGUCACUCUCAGAAUGAACGCCUGCCUUUCCUUGUUCCACGCCCUUACUUGUUCCCUCCUAACCAGGAUUGAUUUGCAAACCUUCCUGCUCGAUACUAUUUCCGAGAAAGAAACAUCCUGCGCAUUUUCCCAUUUUGACCGAAUAACUACGCUUUCCGUGUCUUGCCAUAGGCUUUGGGUAGGAACAGCCAAAGGGACCAUCGUUUCUAUUCCCUUCUCUCAGCCAGCAAAUACGCCCUCUAUUAUUCCCAAUUCAGCUCAUUCAGUGACAGUCGAUUCUAUGACUUCUUCAAUUUUCCCCGAAAAUAAUUUUGUCCCCUAUUGCAAACUCGCCGACGCUCAAUUUUCGUUUCACGGACACAAAGAGGCCGUCAAAUUUUUAAUCACCGUUCCAUGUGGUUUUUUAUCCGAUACCGAAGACUCCAAAGCAUCAUCUGCUCCAUCAUCUCAUCACUACCUUAUAGUUUCUGGGGGUGAGGGCUAUGUAGAUUACAGAAAUGAUAAUGCCGAAUCAAACGAAAACUCAUUCAUAGGCACUGAAGUACGCGCAAACGAUUCUUUUAAAAAUGCUUCUGAAAGCCCUAAACAGGAAUCAAAUAUCGAUCCCCUGCAUUCACAGACAGAUGAUAGCAAAUUAGAGAAUUUUAUUCAAACCAAUUUAAAUCAUUCUUAUAUGCAUGAUAGUGGACACCGUAAAAUGUGGACUCAAAAUCGUCUUCCCAGGAGCCGAUCUUUGUAUCCUCUUGGGAGAAAGGAAACACCUCAUUUGAUCGUUUGGAGAAUGGAUGAUAUCUGAAUAAUAUAUUUAUUAUAAAUUUUCUAUAAUUAAAUUAUCAUUCCCUAUAUAAAAGCAUAAAAUUUAACGAGAAGAAUCAUAAUUAUAUCUAUAUAUAUAUCUUAAAUCAAAAUUCGUUUUAUAAAAAUUGACAUUUUGUUUUGAUAUUUGUUUAAAAAUGAAAUAAAUCUCGGGGUCAAAUUUUGCUUAGAAG